UAUAAUUAUUAUAUGAACCUGCCAUAUAUAUAUAUAAAAAAGGACAACAACAUGCAUGCAUGCAUGCAUGCAUGCAUGCAUGCACAAUAACAAUCUUAAUUGUGAGCAGUUUUCAUGAACUUUGCAGCAUGCUAGUCUAUCUAUAUAGAGAGAGAGAUGAUUAUUGUGUUGGAACUGUGGAGUAUGUAAAUAUAUGUAUGGAAGGGGAAUGACAUGAACAUGACCGAUGUGUGCUGUCACGGGAUCGAGGGACGAGUGGAAUCAUGGAAAAAAGAGUAGUGCACGCAAGAUGGAACUAUGCAUACAUAGCAGCCUAGCACAGGCAGGGGCAGUAUCUACAAAAAAAAAAAAUAGGGUUGAUGAUGAGCAGGAGCUGCUAGCUAGCGACAUAAUUUAGUCCAGCUUGAUUUUAUUUUUCUGCCCGGUCGAUCGAAAUCAUAUAUACCCCGGCCUCCCACGCAGCCAGCAAAUAAUUAGAUAAUCCAGCUCGAUCUCUCCAAGCAAGCGCGUACGUACAAACUUUCCCUCUUAAAUUCUCUUCUCUUCUCCUCUUCUCUAUCAACGGGCCAUGCACGCGUUCACACCAAUGGAUUGUUACGGAUCCAUAUGCAUGCUUUGCUGUGUGGGUUUGAAGUUGAACUCGACGAGUUGCCAGUCGGAAAUGGCAGUGGAAACGCUCCACCACCAGAAAAUGAGAAAAAAAAAGGUUGGGAGGAAGAGAAGCAACGAGGUUAGGGUAUGUAGCUAUAGGUCCCUGCCAGCCAGAGCAAUGGCUUUUGCUUAGGAAAUUAACCCAUGACAUAACCCAACAACACCCCCAACCCCACCCCUCUUUCUCUCUCUCUCUCUCUCACUCUCCUCAGUCAUCACCAUCCUCUCCCUCCCUCUGACCUCCCCGCUUCUCUCUCCACCACGUCCCUCUCUCUUUCUCUUUCGCCUCCCAGCCCCACACCUCUGAUCUCCACUCCCCACACCCACAUCCGCGUCUGCCACGCACGUGCAACGGUGCACACACGCCGCCGCCGCCGCGUCCUCUUCCGCUCCGCUCCCCUCCGUCCAACGCCGUCGCUCGUGCUGCAUGAAGGCGCACACCACGCGGCCGGGAGAGAGCAAGCGUAGCUAGCUAGCUCCGAAGGGAUCGGAGGUUCUUUUGCUCAAGGAAGACAGAAGCACGACGAGGCAUGGACGCGCCGUCGAGCAGCACGAGCACGAGCACCAACAGCAGCAGGAGCGCCUCCGAGCAGCAGCAUCAUCACCAGCAGCAACAGCAGCGCUACCACCACCAUCACCAAGCGGCGGGGCACCAGCCGUUCUACUACGCCGCUGCCAGCGCGGCCGGGAUGGCGCAGUUCAUGGGGUCGCGGGCCAUCGCGCCCGCCGUCCCGGUGGAUGUGCAGCUGGCGCAGCAGCAGCAGCAGUCGUCGGCGGCGGCGGCAGCAGCGCCUGCAGGAUCGUCCGGCGCUGCUGCGGACAAGACGAAGGCCGUGGUGCCCGCGGCUGCUGCGGGGAGCAAACGGCCCACCAAGGACCGCCACACCAAGGUGGAGGGCCGCGGGCGCCGGAUACGGAUGCCGGCGCUGUGCGCGGCGCGGGUGUUCCAGCUCACGCGGGAGCUGGGCCACAAGACCGACGGCGAGACCAUCGAGUGGCUGCUGCAGCAGGCCGAGCCCGCCAUCGUCGCCGCCACCGGCACCGGGACCAUCCCGGCGAACUUCUCCUCGCUCGCCGUCUCCCUCCGCUCCGCCGCCGGCGCGUCCCACCCGUCCUCCGCCUCCCGCGCCGUCGCCUUCCACCACCUCCCGCCGCCGCAGCACGAGGUCGCCGCCAUGCUCGGCUGGAACCACCAUCACCCACACCAGCAGCAGCAGCAGCAGCUCCUCCCACCGCCUCCGCAGCAGCAGGCGCCGCAAGAUCCCGGCGCCGGGGAGUUCAUGAGGAAGCGCUACAGGGAGGGCGACGACGACCUGUUCAAGGACCCCGCGGCGCGCCAGCAUCAUCCCGACGGCGGCGACGCCGAGGAACACAAGGCCCGCGUCACGCCAGCCACCGCAAUGUGGGCCGUGGCGCCCAACAGCGCCGGCGCUGGCGCCUUCUGGAUGCAGCCCACGUGGGCGUUCGGCGGCGGCGGGAGCACGGUGCAGGCGCCGCUCCAGUUCAUGUCAACAAGAAGCGCCAACAACUUCCCCGCCGGGACGACAAUGGACGCCAACAUCGGCAUGCUCGCCGCGCUCAACGCCAGCGGCGGCGUCCAGCAGCAGGACGAGGGGCAGACGCGGGAGAUGGCCCAGCGCCACCGCGGGGCGAACGGCGGCGACGCCGGACGUGGCGCAGCGAGCCCCCAGUAAGGAUGGAAUCGGUCGCAUGAUGAGGUAGCUAGCAUUGCAGUGCAAGGUGUGCGCCGCUGCCGCUGGUGCAGCAGGCAUUUGGCGGCGAUUAGGGCAGAGUUAGUGGCUUGAUUAGGUGAUUGCUACUGCAGUACUGCUCUUGUGAUGAGAGUUGAUCCAUUGGUUGCUUAGUUUAUUCUUCAAGGAUUAUUUUAGUUUGCUCUUGGAUUAAUCUAUGGUUGUGCUGAUGGGAGUGAUGAUUAGCUGUGGGUCCGAUUAAAUCACAAAAGGAUCAGACUGUCAAUUCUUAUUAUAUAUGCUAUGGUGCCACCAACAAGAUUUGCAGAGA